AUGGAAUCAGAAGUUACUGUCAACAGGAGUGAUGUUGUGACUGACUUACAUCCCUGCUAUGAAAUUGAUCAUUUGAGUUACAAAUUUACCACAACCCCUUCUGCUAUAUGUGUGACAUUAUAUGUUUUCCUCACACUAAUGUCUCUCAUUACUGUAUGUGGAAACCUCCUUGUAAUUAUCUCCAUCAUUUACUUCAAACAGCUCCUCACGCCAACCAACUACCUCGUCCUCUCUCUGGCUGUGGCUGACGUACUAGUUGGGAUUCUGGUGUUUCCUUUCAGCAUGGCGUUCUCUGUCAGCUCCUGUUUGUAUCAUGAGGGAUUAUAUUGCAAGAUACGAGGCAGCUUUGAUGUAUCUCUGAGCACUUGCUCUAUUAUGAACUUGUGUUGCAUUUCUCUUGACAGAUAUUAUGCAGUGUGUCAGCCAUUAACAUAUAAAUCUAAAAUCAACCACAAAGUUGUCCUUGGCAUGAUCGUGGCAAGCUGGGGAAUCUCUACUCUUAUUGGAAUUGGUGUAAUAAUUCCAAAAUUAAACGAGGAAAAAUGUAAGGAUGAGUGUUUAAUUGAUGUUCUCAUGGCAAACACAGUUGGACCUAUAUUAUCUUUUUACUUUCCAGUGGUCAUAAUGCUGAGUAUAUACCUGAAGAUUUUCCUUGCUGCUCGGAAACAGGCACACAGCAUUCACAGCAUGGGAAAAUCUGGAGAAGCUGUCAGGAAGAUGGAGAGGAAAGCCACAAAGACACUGGCUAUUGUUUUGGGAGCUUUUCUUUUUUGUUGGACUCCCUUCUUUCUCUGCAUCACGUUUCUGCCAAUUAGCAAUGAGCCUGUGCCAGUUCCUGUAAUAGAAACACUUAACUGGCUUGCAUUAUCAAAUUCAAUGUUGAAUCCAUUUAUUUAUGCUUUCUUUUACAGCAGAUUCAGAUCAGCCUUUAAAAUUAUUAUUUCUGGAAAAAUAUUCCAGGGUAAUUUUGCUAACUUAAUAUUGCAUUAA